GAGUGGUUGCAUUGACCAGAAUACCCCUCGUACUUCUGACUGCUGCCCUCCGGACUACGGCGCCACCACGCCGCUCGCCGGACCCCCACACAGCACGCACCUCCGCCUGUCGCCGCCCGUAGGAGCCCGCCGGCGAAACUCGAGCAUCCACUCUCGUGUGUCGUCGCACGCGCGCCAGUUGAGUUCGCUGCUCGUCAGAUCGCCGUCUUUUCGCCUGGGCGUGGGCGUGGGCGUCCGCCCCCCUCGCAGCCCGGACCUCUGCGCCCCUCCCCGUCGGUGCACCCGAAGAGGCCACUCUUGCUAUUCCAAGGAGCCGCCGCGUUCCAAACUUCCAUAGCUCCCUCGCUUCGACCUGCCUUCUGCCCCGGAUUGUAACCGGCGGCGCAUCUGCGCUGAGGGCAACGUGUUCGAUGAAAUGCCACCGGCUGGGCUUUUGGCUCGGCGAGUCGUGCGUGGGAGAGCUGAACCGCUGCUGAGGUCUUUGCGUCCUCUCAGAGCGUCUACACGAUGGCUGCACGCCGGCAGGGAGCCACAGGAAGAAGAGUUCCCUUACGCCGACGUGCCCCGGCCCGGGAGGAAAUGGGAGAGGAAGCCGUACGUGACACCGAUGAAGGUCCUCAUCCGGAGGGCCAAGGAGGAGAGACGGGCCCGGCAGGAGACCCCGUGCCGCGUGCUGGAGCACCCGCCCGCCAACGGCCUUCUCGUGCCGCACCUCGUCGAGGUUGCGCAUCGGGUACACAGAGCAAGGGAGAGGCUCCUCAGCGGCCUCGCCAGCCUUGUCAAAGGCGAAGCUGCCAUCCCGGUGAAGCGAUGCAGGUUCUGCUCGGAGGUGCACAUCGGUGACAUCGGGCACGAGAUCAGGACGUGUGAGGGUCCCAACAGCGCGUCUAGGAACUCCUUGCACGUGUGGCGGCCGGGGACAGUACGGGACGUCCUCGGCUUCCCAUACUGCUACCACCUGUUUGAUCGCGUUGGGAAGCCCAGGGUGGUGCACAAGGAGAAGUACGUCGUCCCAAGGCUCCCGGCCAUCCUGGAGCUAUGCAUCCAGGCAGGUGUCGACGUCGAGCGAUACCCAACCAAGAGGAGGGCAAGGCCAGUCUACUCAAUUGACGGCAGGAUUGCAGACUUCGAGCUGGACGAAGAAGACGGCUCCUCCGAAGCAGAAACAUCACCUGAAGCUUGGUCGUGUCCAUUGCCGCCGCCUCAAACGAGUUCUGCUUGUACUGCCUAUGCCGGUGAUCGAACAGAACAAGAGAUCACUGUGAGGGAGAUGAGCUCCAGGACGCUGCAGUCCUGGCUGGAGAUGCGGUCGGGCGCGGUGAAGCUGAUGAGGAAGUACAGUGUGGUCACCUGCGGGUACUGCCCAGAUGUGCAGGUCGGGCCCAAGGGCCACAAGGUGAGGAUGUGCAAGGCGAGCAAGCAUCAGCAGCGGGAUGGCCAGCACGCGUGGCAGGAAGCCACGGUGGACGACAUUGUCCCCCUGAACCAUGUCUGGCACGUCCGCGACCCGGCUGGCGACAGUGUGCCUCUCGCGAACGAACUCAAGAGGUACUAUGGCAAGGCCCCGGCUGUGGUGGAGCUCUGCGUGCGCGCGGGCGCCCCAAUACCGGCACAGUACAGGAGCAUGAUGCGGUUGGACGUCGUGCCGCCCGCACGCGACGAGUACGACCUCGUUGCCUGAGAGUCAGACUGGCAUUGCGGUGCCUGGUGCUCAUGCAUGUUUUCGACCCUCAGUUUGCCUGCAUGUUGGAGCUGCGCAAGGUUGAAAUGGUUAGGAUUCCGAUGCUAUUUCUUCAGGGCAUGUUUGUUUUAUCUUUCUUCUUAUGGAAGUCUGGGGUGAUACCCCCUGAACUUGUCUUAUGGUUUACUUUACAACCCUCAACUUUAGUUUUGGUUCAUAUUUCGCCCUCCAAGUGUAAAACCGUUCAUAAUAUAACCUUGAGAUAUAUUGAUAUGUUUUAACUCAGGUUUUAUCAGCCACAUCAUUGUUUUUUCUCCUGUAGGUUCUCAGGAGAAAAUUCUCCCAUGUUAGUAAGAAUGUUUGUAUACUUUGAAUUGGGGUCAACUUAGCUGUUUAAGUUUCUUGGUUUCAUGAUGGUUUUCUCAGCCGAGGAAGUGAAUCAUGUAAGUGUGUGUAGAUAUUUUAGCACAUUUUAGUACUAUUGGAGAGAAAAUACUCAAGUUUCAUUCACCAUUUCUCCUUUCUGCUAAUUAAGAGAUCGAAUAUCUGCUCUGCUGAUUAUUAUCCAUGAAUUAGU